GAGCAAGCGACCACAACGACCAAGACCAACCCAAGGGACAAACCCUCGCACUUUCUGAUGCGCCCACCUCUUUAAAGCUCUAGCUGCCAUGGUGAAUGCCUCCUCAGACUCUGCUCAUAUGCUUGAACUCAGGCGACUCGCUCAAGCCCAGCAUCUCAUCGCAUCCGGCCUACUAGAUGGUCGGACUCGAAGCGCUCGCGAUUCCUUUGCAGGCCCCGAGCGUCACGGACAGACAAGACUCCUCAGACCAGUGCAGGCAAGUUCUUUUGCUCCGUCACUUGAUGGAUCCGCAGAUGCACAGCUCCGUGCGCUUGUGUCGCCACCGCCAAGUCAUGGAGGCUAUUCAAGGGCAAGUGGCGACGUGGCUGAGCAUCGUCGCUUAGAAUUCCAUCAGCUCAACUCGCAGUCCUUCAUGCGCUUGCUCCUAGAACGCCUCGAUAACCUCUCUUUGCGCAUCGAAGAAAUGCGAUCUCGCAGCUUCAGACUAUCCCUCGCCGAACCCGGUGACACUAUCGAUGAGUCCCUCGAUCACCUGACAACAAGCAUCACGGGGCUACGUCGUAGCAUCGAGGCUAUCAUGGCGGAAAACACCAGGGAGAACCUUGUUCCUCCUGCUUCAUUAGCGCUUGCAAGCGCAGAGAUUCAAAGACAAGCAGAGUUACGGCAUGAACUCAGUAGACAGCAGGAACGAGCCGCUGUUGCCGCUAGCUAUGUGAGUGAGUUACUAGCGGAACAAGAAGUAUCGCAGCAACAGCAAGAGACUACGGAAGAAUCAGAAACUGUCCUGGCGGAAACGUUGCAGAAUGCCUUGGAUGCGCCUGCUACGCCUUCUGCAGAAGCCCUCCUUUCAGCGCAUCGCCAAAUGACUGCCAGUCAAGAUUCACUAAUUCCCAUCUCGGCAGUGCGUGUGGAUGAGCUACGUCGGCAAACGAGUGAUCCUUUCUGGCUCGCUUGGAGCGCAGAGGGGCAAACGCCCACAGACCCUGUCGUGGAGCACCCACGCUCAGCUUUACGCUUACAGCUCGAUCGGGACGACGCAAACACCGGGAAUAUGUCGAACUACAGCUUCGAAACCAUCUCACGUCGCCUCGACCAUUUCAACAACUCUAUUUCUGAGCUUCACACACGACUUGAUCGCUUCGCAGAGAAUAUCUUCCAGAUGCAGGAAGAUGCUUCCCCAAUAUUGUCGCCACCAUCCAGCCACAAUCAGAUCACCUCUCAGGGUUCACCUCGAAGAACGGUCGGAAUCCAUACAGCACGUCCAACGCUACUCUCUCUGAACGCAGCAGGAACAGCGAAUGUCAUGGACUCAUUAUCACCUCCUACACGCCAGCUUCAUACCGGGAGCACAAACACAGAACCGAUCUUGCCACCUCUCGUUCGAACGGAUACACUCUUGCGCGUUGAGUUGGAGAGUGCCGUGAGUGCCACUCGCCAACGUGAGCAGCAAGAAGCAGCGCGGCUUGCGCGGGCUCGUAGUCGACAACGACGUCCCGAAACGCAUGGCUCGCCUAUCGCCGUACAAGUUCCUGCAGCGACCAAUCAUUCACGCCUCGUGUCUCCUGCGGCAGUCCAGAAUCAUGAAGAGGCCUCGGUUGUCCAUGCAGGGGAUUCGUGUUUGUCUGACAAUCAGAUCUUGUCCUCCCAUGCGCCACUUGCUGCCAAGCAGGAACGCAAAGUGUGUAAAGGCGUUGAGUAUCGUCUUUGCUAUGGCCUGUGGCUCGCUGAGGACGGUUCAGAGAUUCCGAAAGACAGUCCCUGACCAAGUUGAAACAAAUCUAGCUUCUGCCAACAUCUCAUUGCAUGGUCAUCUCAUCUGACAAUCUGUCGUGCACACCUCUAGAUCUUUCAUCUCGCUGCAAGAACUAGCAAAUAUUGACCUUUAAGAUUGCUGCGGCUAAAUUGCAGAGCUACAAAUAAACCUUAUGGACACAAUUGCUCGGUCGCGAUAUUGUGUCUGCCUACUCGCCUCGUUGAUUUCAUUGUGCGAGAUUUUGUUUGUUCUUGGCGUCCAAAAAACAGUCCCUGAUGAAGUUGAAACAAACCUAGCUUCUGCCAACAUCUCAUUGCAUGGUAAUCUCAUCUGACAAACU